GAGUAGCUGGCGCAGAACAAGUAAAAAACAACAACGAUCACUCCGAUCAUUAGGUACACAGAAAGGGCGAUGUCGACAACCACAGUACAAGAUUUCUGGCGGAGUCCAAAUUAAGUUGCCAUCGAAACAAAGUGAUGGCUCAGUGUGGCCCUGACGUUUGAGCGCAUCGCACGGGCGUCCAGACUCCAGAGAUACAGAGUUCGUCAGCAGCGACGUUUCAGGUUUUCAGCUGCGUGCCGCACACACGGAUUAGCAGCUUCCCGGGCCUGUCGUACUCGCGUUGUACCUCACACAAAUCCAUCGCACCACGCUUUUAACAUGAUCAAAUCGAAAUUGCCAUCUGCUGGUCAUGAGCCGUUGGUUACUGAUCUUAGGCUGUGUUUGGUUGGAGAACGAAGUACAAUGUAAUGAAACCAUUGCAUUCCUAGAAAAUGAAAUGGUUCCAUCCUGAUGUUUGGUUGGAAAAAAUGGAAUCGGUGUAGAUUUUGUUUGGUUCAUGAAACAGACGAGAACGUGGAACGACUCUUCUUCCUCAUCGCCACGCCGCUCCUGCUGCGCCGCCCUCGCCCCGCGCGGAUGCUCCGCCCUGGCGCCCUGCCGCUGCCGUCGCCCCGCGCCGCACUCGCGCCGCUCUGCUCCGCCGCCCUCGCCCAGCGCGGCUGCUCCGCCCGCCCCUGCUCGGCUGCUCCCCAUCAGCGCCGGCGGCCCCUCGCGUGCCUCUGCUGCGGCUCCCGCGCUGCCCCUGCUCCGCCGCCCUGCCACCCCGUGCGCGGCCCCUGCUCCCCAUCAGCGCCGGCGGCCCCUCACGUGCCUCUGCUGCGGCCCCCGCGCUGCCCCUGCUCCGCUGCCCUGCCACCCCGUGCGCGGCCCCUGCUCCGCCUCCCUCCGCUGCCUCACGCCGCCCUGCCGCCCCUGCUCCGCUGCGAGCUCCCGCCGUGCCGCCCUGGUCCACGCGCCGCGCGCCGCCCUUGCUCCGCCGCCGCGAGCGCCUCCGUUGCCGCCGUGCACUCGCCCCGCGCGAGCAGAGAAAGAGGGUCGGCCGGUCGGGCCCACUCGUUCCGACCGGAAUGAAGUCGUUCCUUCGUUUUGGAGGUAUGGGUUGGUUCCGGACACGAGGUACGAAAAUUCCGAUGUAGCGAGAGCCAACCAAAAGCCGCAGCGCCGUUUUGUGCUGACCGUUUCCCGUUCCGUUCGCAUCGGCGUCAGCAACAGCGCGGCCACUCCCGUCCACCGCAAGCCGAGCCGAGCCGACCCUACCGCUGCGGUCUGCGGCGCGCGCUCGCCUCAUCAGCCAGGCGAACUUCCUCACAACCACUGAACCACCCACGCCAAGGCAGGGCCGCCCUUCAUCCAAACC